AUGCGCCCUAAUUUUGUUCAAAUCUUCAACUCGAUCCUACUGGUUGGCAGCAACUAUUUUCUCGCAACCUCUUCUUUCGAAUAUUGGCUAAGUACGCCAAUCUACACCUCCACAAAUCUCGGUAAUUGGACGUUGUACGCUCAUACAUUCACAAGGCCCAGCCAAGUGAAAUCCCCAACAUUAUCAUAUAUAAACGGAAUGUACUACCUGGCAUCCAUGACUCGAUGGACCUAUGACCCUGUUGCUCGUGCAGGGUCCCGCGUGAUGUGGUCCGUGUCCGAGGAUCUCAAGACGUGGAGUGACCCGAUCUGGUCCGACUGCUGGGGAAUUGAUCCAUCUUUGUUCCAUAACCCGGUCUCCGAGAAGGUUCCCCUCAACCUAAUGGCGCCGAAUAACGACGUUGACAGGAUCUGGGGGAUCUACCAGUGCGAGGUCGACCUCAGCACCGGGCGAUGUAAGGGGCAGUAUCGCUCCUUGUGGAAUGGCACCAUGACACACGAUUCCUCUGCAAGGCCCGAGAGCCCAGAAAUGUUCUGGCGUGAGGGGUUUUAUUAUCUCUUGAUCGCUAAAGGCAAGUCUACUUGA